CACUAAUCCAGAAUCAAUUGCAGGGAGGCUGAAUGUGGGAGGCGUUGGGAUCGACAGGUCUAGGGUCAAGAAUGGAAUGGCGACAGUUUCAGAAGCUGAGACCGGUGGAGUUACCCAGGUGGUACAGAUGUGCGGUUGGAUCUCGGUUUGGGGUGAAAUGUGGCACCGAGAUUCUGAACAUCUGGGUGCUUUCGGUGCGGAUGCUGCAGGCCAGGGGUACCAUUUCAAACAGUCUGUUUCAGCAUCUUGCAGUUGCCGGGGGAGAGAUUGAAUUGGCUGCUGGGGAAUCGAGCUCCAAACGGACCGAAGACUGUGACUUUCAUUCUCCGAAUACAGUAUUUAGUUGAAGAAAGUCAUUUGCUCCGUUACUGGAUGUCAGAGGGGGUCAGGAUAAUCGUGGAGUGAUCUGCAUAGAUUUCACUUAGAUCUGCAAGGCCAAUUCCUUUGGAGAUUGAGUGUUUGGGAGACCCUGUCAAAUUUCUGGACAAGUUACAGAUACUGCUAUGAGAAGAGAAGAAUUUGCAGUCUGGAAAUUGAAACCAAACAUCGCAUCGUGAUCCGAUGGAGUCACCCAAGUUAUCAGAACCUGAAUCUCAGCAAAUUUUAAACAUGGAAGAAAAAAGUACUAUUCACAGUGGGGAGAAGAGGUUCACGUGCUCUAUAUGUAGAAAAGGCUUCAACCAAUCGACCGGCCUUAAGAACCACAAAUGCAGUGCCACUGGGGAGAAACUGGGGAAAUCCACGGACUGUGAGAAAGGAUUCAGUCACUGCGGUGCGCUGAAAAUUCACCAACGUAGUCACACAGGAGAGAGGCCGUUCAUCUGUUUCAAGUGUGAGAAAGGAUUCACUAAGCUAUCUACCCUGCUCACACACCAGCGAGUUCACACUGAGGAGAGGCCUUUUAAUUGUACAGACUGUGGGAAGUGCUUUAAAAGUUGCAAUGAUCUGACGUCCCAUCAAUGUGUUCAUACUGAGGAGAGGCGGUUCAGCUGUUCUCACUGUGGGGCUGGCUUCAAGCGGUCAUCUCAACUCACUGUACAUGAGCGCAUUCACAGCGAGGAAAGGCCAGCCACUCCCGAAUGUGGGAGUGAACUCACUCAGUCAGAUCAUGUCAAGGAACCCCAGCAGGUUCUCAUUGAGGAGAGACCUUAUAAAUGCCCGAACUGCAGGAAGUGCUUCAAAACUUCAAGCCAUCUGCAGUCUCAUCAACGUGUUCACAAUGAUGAGAGACCUUUUAAAUGUUCAGAGUGCGGGAAGAGCUUUAAAAGUUCCAGGGAACUGAUGGUGCAUCAACGUGUCCACACUGACGAGAGACCAUUCAUGUGCUCUCAUUGUGGAACUGGAUUCAAGAGAUCAUCGCAACUUACGAUACACCAGCGUCUUCACACUGGGGAGAGGUCGUUUAUCUGCUCUGAAUGCGGGCAGGUAUUCGUUCGGUUCUCCACCCUGUUGACACACCAGCGAGUUCAUUCUGGGCCGAGGCCAUUCACCUGCAAGGUGUGUGGGAAGGAAUUCAUUGAGUCAUCCCAACUCAAGGCACACCAGCGCGAUCACACUGAGGAGAGACCUUUCAAAUGUCCAGAUUGUGGCAAGUAUUAUAAAAGUUCCAGGGAACUGAAGUUACAUCAACGUAUUCAUACAGAUAAUCGACCAUUCAGGUGCUCUCACUGUGGGACUGGGUUCAGAUGGUCAUCUCAUCUCGCUGCGCACGAGCGCACUCACACUGGAGAGAGACCGUUCACCUGCUCUGAAUGUGGGAAGGGAUUCACUCAGAAAAUUCACUUGAUGACGCACCAGCGCGUUCACACUGAGGAGAGACCUUUUAAUUGCACAGAUUGUGGAAAGUGCUACAAGAGAUCCUGGGAUCUGAUGCGCCAUCAACGUGUUCACUCUGAGCGACCUUUUAAAUGCCCAGAAUGCAGGAAGUGCUUUAAAAGUUCGGAGGAAUUAAUGCUCCAUCAACAAUGUACACACCAAUGAGAUGCUACUCAGGUGCUUUCACUGCGAGUCUGACUUCAGGCGGCCAUCUCAGCUCUGUACAUCAGUGAGUUCACAAUGGGGAGAGGCCUAUUGAUGUCUGUGUUCUCUAAGUUUCCACUGUUUAGAUUUGAGAUUCUAGAAUUAAGUAUAUCAUGUUUAAACUUGACUAAAAAUUAUGAUCGCUCAGUAGCAAGGUAAUUGUUUUAUACAGUUCCAGCAUAACCUACCUGCUUUUAAUAAAGGCAAUAUGCUACUAAAGGCAAGUAUCCUAUAUGCCUUUCCAAAAACUUAUACCUACCCAUUCUGUGACCUCAAGAGACAAAUGGACAUGCACACUAAGGUUUUUCUCUGAUUUUUGGUGCUUCUCAGGAUCCCACCAUUUAACAUUUAUUCCCUUGUUUGUUCUGCCCAAGUGCAUCCCUUCACCCAUGAAUGAUUAAGUAAAAGGAUAGGAGUGAUACUUGUAAAGAAUGUUGUUGGGAAAAUGGUUUAAGUUGCUGUUUAUGUUCUGGUAUUUCAAUAUUGUCAUAUAAGUCCAGAGCCUUUUUUCUUUUGUGUAAUAAACUUGUGUUGUUUAGUUGAAAGAACAUUGGCAGUGUCGUGUGAAUAUAUUCAGUGUUCGACCACCAUCCUAACUAAACUGCAAAAAUAAAAUGUAUGAUCUAUCAA